AUGUCUGACCCCCAAGAUAACCCAGGCACUCCUCCACAACCUACCCCCUCUGACUCAUCCACCCGUCCUCCACCCAGCACAACCCCUCAACCUAGGAGAAGGCGAGUAAAAAUGCUUGCUCGUAAAACGGUGGAAACUGGUGCUCUUUCAAAGAAAUUAAACGAGAAAUUAAAGGCAAGCCAAGCACAAGAUUCUGAGAACUCAGACGAUUUGUUCAAAUCUGCGAGUGAGGGGGAAGGAACUGGUCUUCUGACUCUGAGAAGGCUCAAAACUCCCCUUCUGAGGAAUGUGGAAUUGCCUGUGUCAAGAAGGAGAGGUGGUAAAAAUAAAGGUGAAAAAGAAAAGGAGAGUGAGGGGGCAAGCAGUGAUGUGAGGGGAAUAGGGACAGAAGUGGUUGAUUCGUCACCCACCUCUGAGAUGGUUAGAGCAGCAAUUUGUGGGACUGAGGAUGAAAUAGUAGGAGAAAGUGGCAAGAAAAUAGGGGGAAGUGGAUCAGGGGAGGCUACUGAAGGGUUGGUUAAUCUUAGUUCACAGGGGAGAGCCACAAGAAGUAUAGUGAAACAGAGUGAGAGUGAAUUACAAAAGGCUUUGGCUGAAAGCAAGAAGAAGAGGAUAGAUAAAGGAAAAGCCAAGGUCCAUCAGGAGGAACUUACAACUGUGGAGGUUCAGACCCCCAAGCUUGAAAAGACCAAGACCUCUUCAAAGAAGUCUCCAUCAGGGUCUAAGGCUGCUGAAUCUUCAUUGGCCAAAAGGACAAGGUCUGUAGUAAAAAACACACCAGUUAAAAUUGCUGAGGAUGAAGAAUGGAGUGGUAAAGAAGAGAAGGUCAAGGAUGGCAGAGUUACCAGCCAUGUAAAAGGAGUUCCGGUGACCUUCGAUGCAGAGAAGCUGGGUGAGAUUCUUGACAUCCCUGCUGAGGGAUAUGAUGACUACACUAGGCAAAGAUGGCCCAAAGCCGAAUAUCGUGCUCUUGCUGUUGCCACAGCUGAGGCAACCUGGUUGCAGUUCAUUCUUCGCGACCUUGGUGUUUUCCUUUCACGACCUCUCUUAGCGAAAGUUACUCAUGGAUUACAAAUUCUAGUAUAUGGUAUCAGAGCUGAAUCCUGGCACCAUGACAGUUCCAGAAACUCGAGCAAAGGCCACAGAGGAAAAUGUCAAAAAAUUAGAGACCCAGUUGCAUAG